GCAGCGGGCUUUCAAGCCUCGGAUCUGCAUGGCAUGGGUUUUCAGCUCCGAUCUUUGCGAGAUGCAGGCUUCGCUGCGAAAGAGAUUUCCCACUUGGGGGAUUGCGCUGCGCUGAAACGUGCUGGAUACAGCAUGAUGGAGCUGCACAAUUUGGGCUUUGGUCCUGCAGAUUUGCGCUCAGUGGGAUUUGAGGCCAAGGACUUAUCGGCUUUGGGUCUAUUUUUGCGUGAGUUGAGAGACUUGGGUUGCGGCGUAGCAGAGAUUCGAGAAGUGAAUGGUGGCGUGGCGCCCUCGACGCUGAGGCAGCUUGGAUUCAGACGCCUGGCGGAAAGGCUUUAG